CCAAAGAAUUCUGUUUAUUUCUGACCAAAAUUGGUUAAUUUUCGAUUCGGUCGUAAAAAAGCUGCUUUUGUUACCGUCUCAAUCCGAAAUUAGGUUUUUGUUUUGAUGAUAUGUGUUUGUGUUUUUGCAGCUGAAUAUUUGAUAUUGGAGGAUAAAGAAGAUGUUUGCAGCUUCUUGUCUCGCAUCGUGUUGUGCUGCUUGUGCAUGCGAUGCUUGCCGUACUGUGGUUUCUGGGAUCAGCAGACGUUCUGCUAGAAUUGCUUACUGUGGUCUCUUUGCACUUUCCUUAAUCGUUUCAUGGAUUCUCCGUGAAGUUGCUGCUCCUCUCAUGGAGAAGCUCCCUUGGAUUAACCAUUUUCACAAGACACCUGAUCGUGAAUGGUUUGAGACUGAUGCUGUGUUGCGUGUCAGCUUAGGGAAUUUCUUAUUUUUCUCCAUUCUAUCGGUUAUGAUGAUCGGUGUGAAAAAUCAGAAAGACCCUCGUGAUGGUAUACACCAUGGUGGUUGGAUGAUGAAGAUAAUCUGUUGGUGCAUUUUGGUCAUCUUAAUGUUCUUCCUUCCAAAUGAAAUCAUCAGUUUCUAUGAGUCGAUGUCAAAGUUUGGUGCUGGAUUUUUUCUUCUUGUUCAAGUUGUGCUUCUUUUGGAUUUCGUUCAUGGGUGGAAUGACACAUGGGUUGGUUAUGAUGAGCAGUUCUGGUAUGCUGCGUUACUCGUUGUGUCUCUUGUAUGUUACUUGGCAACAUUCGUCUUCUCUGGGCUUCUCUUCCACUGGUUUACUCCAUCUGGACAUGAUUGUGGACUGAACACCUUCUUCAUUAUCAUGACUUUGAUAUUUGUAUUCGUCUUUGCUGUUGUAGUUUUGCAUCCUGCUGUCGGUGGAAGCAUUUUACCAGCAUCCGUUAUAUCUCUCUACUGCAUGUACCUCUGUUACAGUGGACUUGCAAGUGAGCCCCGAGAUUUUGAGUGCAAUGGUCUCCACAAACACUCCAAAGCUGUUUCAACAGGCACAAUGACCAUUGGAUUACUCACAACUGUACUCUCUGUCGUUUAUUCAGCUGUUCGUGCUGGUUCUUCCACUACUCUUCUCUCACCUCCUGAUUCUCCUCGGGCAGAGAAGCCGCUGCUUCCGAUAGACGGGAAAGCAGAAGAGAAGGAAGAGAAAGAGAAUAAAAAACCAGUGUCAUACUCAUACGCAUUCUUCCACAUCAUCUUCUCCCUCGCGAGCAUGUACUCUGCAAUGCUCUUAACCGGCUGGUCAACUUCAGUUGGUGAAAGUGGUAAGCUUGUCGAUGUCGGUUGGCCUUCAGUGUGGGUCCGUGUUGUGACCAGCUGGGCCACUGCUGGUCUCUUCAUCUGGUCCCUUGUUGCUCCGAUACUCUUCCCCGACCAAAGGAAGGGUCAAGGGAGUGUGUCACGUGCGAUGCACGUGGGGUUGCUAUUGCCGCGUUUUAAAAUCCGAAACGCUAUGUUGAUAGCGACUGUCACUCUAUUUUUCGCUCCCUCGCCGGACUUCGCCGACGCCGCCGGUAAUAUCUUCAAGUCUAAAAUCGUCGGCAUGAAGCUCACCGUUAAGACUCUCAAGGGUAGCCAUUUUGAAAUUAGAGUUCAGCCCACCGACACGAUAAUGGCGGUGAAGAAGAAUAUUGAAGAUUCACAAAGCAAAGACAACUAUCCUUGUGGACAGCAGUUGCUGAUUCACAAUGGCAAAGUUUUGAAAGAUGAAACUACUUUGGUGGAGAACAAGGUUACCGAAGAGGGUUUUCUUGUCGUCAUGCUUAGCAAGAGCAAAACUGCAAGUUCAGCUGGUCCCUCUUCCACUCAGCCUACUUCCACCACGACAUCUACCAUAUCUUCAACCACGCUUGCAGCUCCGUCUAUAGCUGUGCCAUCUUCAAAUUCUACUCCCGUUCAGGAACAGCCGGCGGCACAAAGUGACACCUAUGGUCAAGCUGCUUCAACUUUAGUUAGUGGCAGUAGUGUUGAGCAGAUGGUACAACAAAUAAUGGAAAUGGGGGGAGGUAGCUGGGACAAAGAAACAGUUACUCGUGCACUUCGUGCAGCGUAUAACAAUCCUGAGAGAGCAGUGGAUUAUCUAUAUUCUGGAAUUCCUGAAACAGUAGCCAUUCCAGCAACUAAUUUAUCUGGAGUAGGAUCUGGUGCAGAACUUACCGCUCCUCCUGCCUCUGGAGGACCUAAUUCAUCUCCUUUGGAUUUGUUUCCCCAGGAAGCAGUUUCUGAUGCUGGUGGUGGAGAUCUUGGAACGCUUGAAUUCCUCAGAGGCAAUGAUCAGUUCCAACAAUUACGCUCCAUGGUCAAUUCCAACCCCCAGAUUCUGCAGCCUAUGCUUCAAGAGCUCGGAAAACAGAACCCUCAACUUCUGAGGCUAAUUCAAGAGAACCAAGCAGAAUUUCUUCAGUUACUAAACGAGCCCUAUGAAGGAUCUGACGGGGAUAUGGAUAUUUUCGACCAACCCGAGCAAGAAAUGCCCCACGCAGUCAACGUUACCCCUGAAGAGCAAGAAGCGAUUCAACGGCUUGAGGCAAUGGGGUUUGAUAGAGCACUAGUCAUAGAAGCCUUCCUUGCCUGUGACCGUAACGAGGAAAUGGCUGCAAACUAUCUGCUAGAGCACUCAGCAGAUUUUGAAGACUGAGUUCCGACCAAAAAAAUCAGCCUUUUAACCAGAUCAGAACACGAUAUUUUUUUUGUUCCUCCCACCUCUUUUAUCUGAAAUGUUACUCUGCUCAGAAUAUCGAAUGAUUAUAUAUCUCAUACUUAAAUCUCCAUAUUUAUCUUAAAGAAUAAUCUGCGUUUUCAACACUGCUUUGUCCUUCCUUAGUUGUUGUAGUUUUAAGAUGUUUGUCUUGAACAGCCAGGAAACCAAACUACUGAUACGGGUUUAAUUAAACUGUGGUCAUACU